AUGGAGCUCCAGGAGUUGGGCUGGCUGUGCCUGGUGGGUCUCUUCCUUGCCUCUUUGCUGAUCGUACUGGGAUGGCUGCUCCAAUACCUGCUGACCGUGCUGCGGCUGUGGAGAGCCAGGAGGGCAGCCAAGAAGGAUGGGGAUCCUGCAUCCUGGAAGCAGCCCCCUUAUGGCCAGGCUGGAGGUGUGUGGGGCUUCCUACUGAAGCUCCGCUCAGGCCGGGAUGGAAGUCCUGCAUCAGAGGCUGGGGUGAAAGGCUUGUUGACCUCUCUUUUCUCCUUCAAAUCCUUCAGGGAGCACUUCCAGCGGAGCUGGGUCAAAGCUCUGAAUGAGCAGGCCUGCAGGCACGGGGUGAGUUCAACAUUUGAGAUCUUUAAGCCAUGAUGUAAAAGAGAGGAGAGGCACAAAUGAAUAAACAUGAUGCCAGUGUGUAGAGGAGCACGCCUAAGGUUACUCCACUGAGCAAGGGGCAUAAAUAGUUAAGCAAGGGUUGAUACUGUCAGUGUGCCCAUGUGCGCUGCAUGGCUGGAAGUGUGUGUAGGCAGAGAGGUGGAGGUGUGGGAGUUGGAGUGUCUAAUCAGCAGGAGGAUGGGGAGCAGAGGCUUGCAUAACAGCUCUGAAUCAAUGCACAUAAGAGCAGAGAGGCAACGGCAGGCAGCAUAGACACAGUAUGAACACCCACACCUUUUAUAAAUAGUCUGAUACCCUGGACUGCGAGGGGAAACUGAUGUGUUUGGUGAAAGUGGGAAGAAGGAGAAGCAAACAGCAUUGAUUGUCUUACAAUUCCUAAAGCUGAUAAUAAGUAGCAAUCAAAAAUGACAACUGCGGCAGAUGAAAUUAAAGUCCGGAUGCUUAGUGGUGGUAGUAUUUCUAAAUAGAUGGCUGCAUUGCUGUCAUUGUGUUGUGGUGUGGAGGAAGGCGUGUUUUCAUGUUUCUACAUCGAAACCACAACUUCACACUUGGAUUGAGCGUUGUCACUACACUAUGCCAGUGGCAGUCUAGCACAUUUACAAAGCUUACCAGACUCUCCUAAAGGUCUUUCUCCUUUAAAGUACGUCUUUUGAUCUGUGUAAAUCAAAGUCUGCCGCACAGUCAGACGUUUCCUUUUAAGCACUUGAAGAGGAGACACAUCCUCUACCCCCCACCCACGAACUGUGUGAGUGCUGAAUGAGAUAUAUGAAUUUGGGGGGAGUAUAAAGGGGUCAGAUCAAUGCACAGAGUGAAUGUGAACAACAAACAAAUCUCUUGAAAUAAUGAGGGUCAGCUCAGCUCAUCUUGACUGACUGGAAGUUCCCACUCUAAGUAAAAGCCUCUGGGAAAUAGUCAUUUGGUAAAAAUUCAAGUUAGUGCUUUGUGUGCGUGUGUGUGUUUGUGUGUGUGGGGGGCGAUAUUAAGGAAACAAACAGACAGCACUUAGCCACAAAAACUCACUGUUUGUAAGAUGGGAAAACCAGUUAUAUAGACAGAACAUAUUUCUUUAUCUGUAAUCUUGUUUCGUCAUUUUUAAUAAUCUAUCAAACUAAUAACACCAAUCCACGUCAUCACCCUAAAGAUCAAGCAACAGAUAGAUUAACCCAAAUCAUAAAAAAAAAAACAUUUUUUUUUUCCAUUUGAACUUUCAGGGAUAUUCAGGUAUAAAAUAGUUAAAUCACAUGACAGUAAUUCACACAGAUAUUGAAGCUCCUGUGAGGGGUUUUUAACUGGUUGCAAAACAGACUGAAAUUCAUGUUGAUGACUUUUGAUGACCUAAAAAAAAGCAUACAAGACCAUCAACAGUAAUAGAUACUUUUUCUCUACAUUUGAUUUUUUUAUGACUUGAACCACCAGCAGGGCAGUGUCAGACUAACUGUGUGCUGCAGAAACAGACUAUUCCUGACAAUACAAUUCUAUGUCAGAGAGACAUUUGCUGUAAAAAGGAGCAUGAUAAGAUUUUUUGUUCGGAACGCUUCUUAAGAACAGAAUCAACAUAAACCACAGGGGUGCCUAAAAUCAUCUAAAUCCCAUGGUUCCUCAUGGGAGCUUUAAGUGGGCAUAUGAUUGGGUAAUAAUUACACAGCAAUUUUUAUACAAUUGUCCAAAGAAUUAAUUUACUAUCCUUUCCUAUCCUUCAAAUCUUGAUCUAAAAGACAUAUAUGAAAGGAAAUAUAUAUUGUUUAUUUUUGCAUAUAAACAAAAAGUACAACCAAAAAUGUCUCAGCUACCCUCCCCCUGAAGGAAAAACAAGACAACGCAAAAAAUACAUUAAAGUUCCUGAUAUGAAGAAAACACAUCCAUUCUUAAAGAGUAAAGCAGUCACUCGUUGACUGUAAAAAAAAGAUUCAGUUGGACAAGCAGAGGAAUUUUAAGAGUUUCCAGUCCUUUCAAGCACAUUUUGGGAUCCUCAUUGUGGGAUCUCAGUCUCCCUGGUUGUUAAGUUGUGGCUGUUUCUCCUAACCACCGAUCAAUAGUGGGUCCAUUCUCUAUACUCUCUAGAUGAGUUUUUAUUCUGCAAUCACUAUUCCAAACCAAGCAGCAGUUUUUUGUCACAGUAAUUAGCACCUGAUGAGGAACCCGUGGUUCUUUGGAUGGACCUCAAGAGGCUCAGAUUCCCAACAUUUUCCAAAUGCCUCAAAGAGAUGAUAGAAGAUACUUUUACAGCAUGUAGAGAGUUUACUACAUGACCAGCAGGGAUGUGUUAAAUAGUUAAAUUUAGGCUUUAAUGUAUUCUAAAAUGGUGACACGGUAGUGAAAAAAAUAUUUUUUUUUUCCUUGGAGGUAUAAUCUGGCAAAAUGUUUCCUGAUAAAGUUACAGAUUUGUGGAAUGAUUAAAAAAAUUAAGUAGGAAUAUCAUGAAAAGCUCCAAGGUGGGCAGGUGAGGCAUAAAUAUGAGCAUUUAUUUCUGCUUAUUUUGGCUAAUAUCUGCUAAUAGCUUGUUUUGUUGCCAACAACAAGACUAUAACAUAUUGAAGUAUGACUCCUUUAUGGUCGCAGGACUAGGGACCAGGGCUAGGGAAGUCUUUUUGCAGACCAGUUGUUAUACUGCUGUUUUGGUUGAUGAAGGGUACAAGACAAAGCUCGGGAUUUGGAAGAGUAGAACCAGCUGCAGUCUUUGUUUUUGACAAAUAUUUUUAUUUACCAUGUAGUGGGCAAGAAGAGAUAAAACUUAUUGUAAAACUGUUAUUGUAAUAGCAUUCAUUUUUCCAGCCAAGGAAAUUGGAAGUGUUUUCCAGACGUCAAUGCUGUUUUUAAUUCACAGAUUUUUGCAGAUUGGAAAUAUACAAAGGGAUGUCAUCUGUAAAAAAAAGGAUAUUAAGUAUUCACACCCAUGUACAUCAGUGGGUGGAAUCUGAGGAUUUUGAUCGUGGCAGCUUUGUUGUUCUAUAACAACUGUGAACAGAAAUGGGGAUAGAGGCCAACCAUGGCAGGGUGUUAGAUGUUGCUGAAAAUGGAUGAGAGAUAUUUGAUGUGUGAUGAUUGAGGCCAUUUGGCAUAAGUAGAUGAUCUUGAGCCAUUCUAUAAAGGAGCAUCUAAAUCUAAAUUUCUAGAUAAACUCUUUUUUAAAACAUGAAACAGAGCUGCUCUGGCUGUUACUCUGUUUUCUGUCAUAAUGCUGAGCUUUGCUCCUGCCUUCCUGCUCUAGCUUCAUAUUUAUGACCUCAGAGUGAAGACUGUGACUGUUUCAUGCAUGUUUUCCCUCACGUGAGUUCAUCAGGGUCAAAGGUUUGUCUUUGUAAAUUUUCUCUGCAUACCUCACUAUGUUUGGACAUGCAGGUUUGGCGUGCUGGCCUUUUAUCUUUUUUCAUCAAAGAGGUGGUCAUAUUUUGGCGGGUCAUAAGAAACCAAUAAACAGAGUGCUCCUGCUCCUCUUCGGUUGAUAGUUUGCCUGCUUACUUAUCUCACAGUAGCUCCAGGAUGAUCCAUGAUGACUGUCUAAUUUUUGGACUCACAAUAUGUUUUAAAAAUCCACCAGCUUUAGGGAUUUCUCUUGCAGUAAUAAGGUGUGUUGUUUGUUUUUUUUUUCUAAUUCUCCAGGCUGGGUGAAUACGUCAGUGUUGGCUGAGACAGAGACAAGCUGUGAGAGUCUGUCUGUCCAUGUGGUGUUUGGUUUGAGAACUUAGAGUGGAAGCCAAAGCUUUCUAAGCUCACUCAUCACAAUGAAAAAUCUGCGAGUCAUUGUGUCUAGGAGUAGUGCAAUCUGUUAGUCUAAAUGCGUCUGAGGCUUAUGCAAAUCUCUUCAGAGUUUGUUAAUGAAUCUUUGAACUUGAUAAUGAUGUAACAAAUCACAAAAAGGAUUUUUUUUUCUGUCUUUUCUGCAAAGAUUUUAAGUCGCACCUUGUAGUUCACCUUUUCCUCUGCCAUUUCACCUCCUCCCUAAAAACCUGACAGGUAAAACCUGCUGCGGGGGUUUGUGACUGGUGAUAAGUGGCCACAAGCGAGUCACUUCACAUUCUUUGUGUCUCGCCUACAGUAAACACCUGUCACCUGCCAGCCAUGUUGCCGUGGCCACUUUCCAAACAUGCACUAGGAUGACCAUCCAAACUGUGGUUCAAAACACUCCCGUUCUCCUCUGACCUGCAUUUCAUGAUUGUGUUUCUGCAUCAGACCAAACAUGAGCUUCCCUGGAGGAACACAGUGCAAAUGAAGAUACGGCUCCAGUGUCACCAUGUGGGGAUUAGCAGCAAAUCCUUUAUAGCAUUAACCUAAGUACUUGUGCGGCAUUCAAGAUUGAUGCUGAAAGAGGUCUCAAGAUAAUUAUGUGAAAUUCAUCUAAAUAAAGGCAAAUUAAUGAGUUAAAGCGAUAAACUGGUGUGGCACAACCUGCCACUCGUAUUAUACAGCCAACAUAUAUAUAUUUAUAUACUGUAUAUAUAUAUUCAUGUAUACACUGUCCACUAGUACAGACGUGCAUUAUCAGCAAAGACUUUUAUAGAAGUGACUCAUUAAAUAAGGCUUGAAAUAAUUACUGUGAUAAUCAUAUAAUGGUUUGAUCAAUCUCCCAAACAAAAAAAGGACAAAACUGCUUCAUAUGCAGGCCUUCAAAUGAUAUUUUUGCUGCUUUUUUAUCUCCCAUUUAAGUAAAUGCCUUGGGAUUUCAGGGUUUGAUUGAACCAAACAAACAAUUCAGUAAUAUUCUCCCUGCUCUGGAAACUUUUCCUUUUGCAGUUUUCAGGAUAAACACCUGAUUUUUACACUAAUUAAAUAUUACUGGGAAUACUCCCAGUCCUACUGUGCCUUGGUAAGAAAACAAAGAGUGUGUGAAGUAUGAAACCACAGAGAGAGAAGCAGGUUAGCUUAGCAUAAGGAAUGGAAACACGGCGAGAUCUGCCCUCAAUAGUGGUUGUAACAGGGACAAGGUGCUGCUUUAUUUCUCGGAUGGAAAGAGGGACAUCCUGUAGUUUAUUAUCAUGAAGUUGCUAGGCAACCAGGGGAUAUCGUAACAUGAAGGUGGAAUUGAUAUUUUACUUGUACUUCAAAGAGAAUACAUGUCCACGUGAGCAAUAAAUAUUAGGUUACUCAUUGAUGAAGUUAUAGAUAAAGACCAAGUUUACUAUCAGGUAGUUGUAAAUUAACAAUAACUAAUCAUUUUGAAACCUGCUGAAGUGAUCAAAGAAAUGACGAGGGGCCCUUUUGUGCGAAUGUGAUCCAUUGGCAUUAUUUUUCCACAACACUACACUACUUAAUGUUGUGUUUUAAAAUUGCUGAAGCUGCAAUGAAGUAGUUUUUUCAAAAUCACUCCCCUCUCAUGAAGGUAUGCUCAUAUAAAACAGACACACUGGUUGAAUUGUGCAGCUCAAAGUUUCAGCUUUUAUAAUAAUGAUAUAUAAUAUUAUAAUAUCUUAUUAUGGCAUUAUGCACACACUAAUAUGGACCCUUUUAAUUGUUAAUACGGUCUGAACACAGCCUCAGUUUGAUGUAAUGACUUGCUGUAUUGUGAAAUUGGUUGGCAAGAAGUUGCAUAAAGUGGAAUUAGGUUAUAAGUCUUAACUAAACACCACAUGAGAACUGUAGCCUGCUAGUUUGGGUUAGUGCAGAAUCAUGUCCAGGCUUGCACAUUUUGCUCAUCCCACUCAUUCUCAGUCAGGCUGUGAGUGAAGCUGUUUACUUUCAGUCAGAACCAGAAUUAUUUUGGCAUUUAUCUUUUGCCUAGACCUCAGACUGACAAAAUUUUGUACUAAUAAUCAGAUAUAACAAAUUCAUCACAGUAGCUCUUAUUUUUUGUAGAACUUUAAGCAUGGCUGGGAAUUUCUGCUUACUGAUAUAUAUUAUUGUUUAAAUCAAUCAAAUUAGAUCGGAAAUGUCAGUGUCUGCUUGUAGUUUUCAGGAGUCUGGAUCUGCUACUGGUGUUAUUUUGUUUAUUGUAGUAGGAAGUGAUGUCAAGCUGGACCUCUCUAAUACUCACAUAAACAACCAUGAAAACGUAGCUUCCUUCAAGAGCAGCCCAAUCUAUCUCACUGAAGUUUGAAAUAGACAGAUUACAGCAUCCUUGUUGCAAAACACAUCCUCCUAAGGGGAGCCAUGCCCCUGACCCAUGAAGUACAAAAAAAAACCCAACUCCAAAAAAUGCUGGGGCUGAAUCCUGACAGCACAUUCAGAUGAUGUCAUGUAAAUACUGAGAGCAGCAACAAAUGCUGAAGCACAAGCAUCUCUGCUUAGGUUUGAAGAGAUAAGCUGUUUGUGCAACUGUGGGCUUCAGAUUCUUCACUUAGUUGACGGUUUAGUUUUUUUUUUGCACUUGUAUGUUAGAUAAUAAUAAAAAUAAAGAUUUUCCUAUAUCGGAGAGGUUGUCAGGGCCUCUCUUAAGACUCAGAUUAAAUGAGACAAUAGCAGCCGUAGGGUGAAAAGCAGAGCUGUUGAACACUAGCGAUGUGUGGCAGCAGGGAUGUUUACAGUUUUAAAGAUAUAGUGUCUAUAGUCUUUGGUUUUAACACUUCAUCACAGCUGCUGAUAUGUGACAAUGUCAACAGAAGGGCAUCGUUUUGGCGUACCAACACAUUACACGCAUUCGCUGGUGAAUUUGAUGGUAGUUUUCACAGAGUAACCAGCUCGCUAUAUGUCAUCAGAAUGGCUUAAGUGUAUACCUUCAGAGGCUGAUGUAGAUUCAACACAAGCCAUCCCACAUCAUGAUUUAUAUGCUUUUGUCUCACUCAAACAUACAGUAGGUAGCUUAAAUAGUGGAUUUAAAGAUUCAUGAGUCCACUCAGCAGCAUAAAAAGGACCUUCUGCACUUUUUGACAGUAAUUCCAUAAUGCAGAGGGUUUCAUGACUCAGUUGUUUAUCCAGUGGAAAUAUCUGAUUGCUGAAGUAUUAUCGUGGGAGCCGUUGGAUGUGAUCUUGCCUUGGCAGAAGGAGGUGAUAUGGAGCUGUUCAGAUGUCUGUAGCUGGAUUAAUUUCUGCGCUGGGCUUUAAGGACUGGGCUGGUUGGCCUCCUCAAACCAGCAAAUCAUAACAGCAUCGUCAGACCCUCUCUUCGCAUCUGCAGCUGACAAAUGAUGCCCAGCCAUUGUCUGUGGAUCCAGUGGGUGGUAGAGUGGGAGUAAUAGAGUAUUUGAGUGUGCAUCUGCGGGGAAGGAAGCUCCCUGUCCACUCAAGAUCUGCAAUUAUACAGAGCCCGGUGAUUAGCAGGAGGGCACAGUUCAUUUCUUCCCUCUCUGGCUGCCAGCUGCCGGUAGAUGAUUAACAUCUUGUGAUUUUACUCAAGUGGACUCAUCUUAACGACAGAGGACGUAAAGCACUCCACUUUUAUUUGCUUCAGUCAUAGUCAUUGAUGAAAUCCACGAGCCAGGUUUACUUUAAAUGACCAAAUUUGACUUGAGUCCUCUGGCAGUUAUUGAGCUCCUUUGACUCAGCAUUUUAAAUGGAGACACACACACUCUGUCCAUUAUCUUCCUGUUAAAUGAUCCCUGAACACAUUGUAUAUUAAAGUUACAGGAAGUCCCAUUGCCCUAAGGGAGUCAAUCUGCUGUUGUUUCAUUGAUCAUAUUUUACGGAAGUAUAUUUUUGUACAUUUUGUGUUUAAUAGAUGGGACAGCCGAAGUGAGGUCUAGAUGACAACAUCUCCAUGCUAACAUGCUCAGACCGACUCUGCUAAAACGUUAUUAUUAUAGUUUACCUGUUUAACCUAUUGACCCAAGUACUUAUAUUUAACACAAUAACAUGCCCCACAUUGCUAGUAUUGGUACAAAACACAACUGUAUUUAAGGAGUUUGUGUGGUGAGGCUAACAUUUUUCUUUUGAACAACCUGCAAAUUAGCAAUGGGAGAAAAAAUCGAUACAGCAUAGUAUCGUGAUAUUUUGUCUGGUGAUAUAUCAUAUUGUCUCACUGAACAAGUAUCGAUUUUUUCAUAUUCAUUGUUAAUAUGAAGUCAAAUCUAUGAUAGUGGAAAAUUAAAAUCGACUGUUUGUCCAGUGAGGUUGGCAGAGGUGACAUCAUAGAGCAGGAGAAAGUUAGUACAACAAAUAUAUAUAAGGUUUGCAAGAUGUGCUACAUGAAAAUAAAAUACAGUGUAAAUAAGACAAACAUAAAGGAAAGACAAAUGCUAAAUUAGCUAAACAGUUGAAAAAUGGUACAAAUUGCAAUAUAUGGUAUCACAAUACUCACUGUGUUGCAAAAUGUUAAAAAUCACAAUAUUAUCGUAUUGUGGCCGAAGUAUCGUAAUAAUAUCAUAUCCUGGGGUCACUGGUGAUUCCCACCCCUACUGCAAAUGAUAUUUGACUGCUUUCCUGAAGUAAAAAGAAAUUCCACAAAUUAUAGAGCGAGGCUUAUCUUUUUCAUCAAGUUUGUACCUUUUUGCAGCCUUAAACAGUGAUUCAUGCUGCGAAAAGAAAAAAGCAUAAGGGAAGAGAAGGGUCAUCAAAAGCCACAGGGGGAGUGUAUUUCUGGUUGACCCACAUGCUUUUCAGACAGCCGGACCCAAAGGGUUGUUGUGACAAACCUGAAGUGACACUGUGGAUAUCCUCAGGAAUGGUCUCUUUCCAGAAAUACCUUCAUCACACACACUCAUACGAACAACCGUGGUUCACAAGGACAAACGUGUGGUUACGCUGCGAGCUUUGCCCUCUCCAUGACAAAAUGAGCUCUACAGCUUCAGCCAGGAUACACAACACCGUAGAGCACCAGAUGGCUUUCAAGAGGCCAAUGGAUGCAAAUGUGUGAGUAAGCUGUCCUCUGAGUAGUGAAGAGCAGUGAUGGACCAAGCACACUACAUCAUUGCUUGAGUCUAAGUACAGGCACUUCUGGUCAAAUACUACCCCAAUAUGAGGAAAAUUUGUUAAAGACAGUCAAAUUAUUCGUCAAGAUGAAGUGCAGGAGUGUUUGCUUUUAAGAAUACUUAAGUAAUCAAACUAAAAAAUAUUAUAAUGUAUUUUAACAGUGCAUGAGGGAAAAACCAUUCAACUUCAUUAUGCUCAUUUAAAUAACAUUAUUGACGUUUUUAAACUCCCAUGGCUGACAGAUUUCAAGAGUUGCAAUAAUAGGAACUAUAAGCUGAACAACCAACAAUAGAAGAGAAACAGCGGAUAAGUUUACAAGCACGGGCAAUUUCAUUUGAAAUGUUCAUCUGGAAUAAAACCAAUUUUUAGUUACAUGCCUGGACACGCAGUUGCUGCAGCCGUUGCUGCUGUGGCAACUGCUGUGACAGACUGGGCUGCUAAUGAAGGAACCUCAGUCACAUGAUCUGAGCUUUUUAAAAAGUUAUCAUAUCAGGCCAGAUGCAAUAUGAUAUAAACAUAUACGAUAGAGAAGUUAACCAUAUUCGCCUCUUGUUUUUCAUGUGGUGCUUUGUAAUGAAAUAUUACUCCUCACCCUAGUUACAAUAAUCAGUCUACCGCUGCAUUUAAUUAUCAGACUGUUUACAUCAACUGAAUGACAGCCAUGAACAAAUGAGUCGUUAGGUUUACAUAAGAUUUACAUAAAUGAAUGCUAUUUAAAAGAUUUUUAGUGGGGAGAAUAUAUAUAUAAAAAAAACACACAUCCAAACCAUCUAUGAGCUCCAAUACACCAGAAGUUCAAUUCACCAGUUGAGUGACACACCCGCUCUUUGUCAGAUUUAGGAUUUUCAAUCAAACCUCAUUUCUUUGACCAAAAGUGACACUUUACCUUUGUGGCCACAAAGCCAGCACCAUGGUUGAACUCAGCAUACAAAUCUGGGAUUAUAGUUCAGCACAGAAAGUAAUUCUCACCGCAAAUAUUGUCAGCACCAACAGUCAGAAACAACACAGACUUAAAUAUCUGAUGACAUAACCUUCCCUCAGGCAUGCAAGCGUUUGAUUGACACAUAUUGGGAAGCCUCUACUGCUGUCCUUAAGUAAUUUUAAAAUAUUUGUUUUUUUUUCUUUGUCUUUUCAAAACAUGUGUGACAUAAAUAGAUACAAGAGUGUAUUGUUAAUGCAAAGACAGAUUUGGGUGUUCCUGGGUAAAGAAUUUGUUAUAGUUGAUAGCAUCUGAUAACGUUGUGAUGAGGCCCAUAACAUAGGCUGUAUGUAAGUAUACGUACAUAUCUAUCACACCACACACACUCCAAAUGUCCCCUGUCUAUGUUAUCUUACAUUCUGAAGCAGUUUUCAUCUAGUUAUACUCCCUUUGCAGAAUGUGUGUAUCCCAAAAAGUCCUGACAUUUAGAAAAUUUGCUCGGAUCCUUGUGCCAUCUCUAAUUAGCCUCACUGCAGAGAUGCCGAUGGUGUUUGACUGCAGUGACACAAACAUCGGCAAAGCAACAUGUACAAACCGCACACAAUCAGCACCACGUGAUUAUUGGAUUCUCUGAAGCCCUCGCGAUCUGAAAUACAUCACAUCAUAUUUGUUCUGCACUCUGGAUGUAAUGAGCGGCUGGGUGACUGAGCAGUUUUAGAGGCUCCAGCCAACCGAGGUAAACACAGCCGGUUGUACUCCGUGGUCAUGUGACUGCAGUGUUGGUCCAGAGAACCUACGUCAGCUUGCAGCAUUGCACUUGGCUUCUUGCCCUCCUGGCUGGAACUCACACACAUACAUAUACACACAGCACAAACUUUGUUAUAUCAUCCUCCCACCUCUGCCCUGCCUCCACUGUUGUGUGUGAUAGCAAUUGGACUUGGACCUAGAGGAACAUAUGCCCUGACAAUAGGGGAUUUGUUUUCCUUAGCUUGAGACAGUGAAAGCUAUCGUCUGAACAGAUCUUCUGGCACGUUCACACUGUGAUAGUGGGCCACUGGUGUUGCUACAUUACUGGUAAAUCUUUCUUACAACUGCUGCUGUAAUUCCUGUUGUCAGGGGUCUCCUCCAAGUCUAGCACUCCCACAUUUAAAGCUGCCUUGCUGUGAGCAUGACUAAGCAUAGUUUGAUGCAGUCCUGAAUCUGAUAAUGGACACUGAAGGGUGAGGCAGAGACUCAGUGUACCCUUACAUUAGCCAGAUCCAUUCAGGGUAAAAACUUCUGCAUUUUAACAGGAGCGCUCAAACUCACAUCAUGUAUUCCCUAGCAGCCCUUGGUCAAACAUAUGUUGUAACUUUUUUGCCAGUAUCUUCAGGCAUAAUUCAGCUGAGUGCACAAAUCCACUGAGCUGCCUGGAGAAAAACCAAUGUUGCUUUGCCAUUCGUGGAAUACACAGGCAUGCUUGUAGAAACGGCUGCUUUCCAGUAUUCACAUACACAUUUUGAAGACAUUGCAAGUGGCUUUUUACAGAUUCAGGUGACAGUGAAAGUUUUCUCAGGAGAGUACAAUCCAAAAUGUAGUUUCAUGACUCUAACACAGAGGAACUACUUAAGUUUCUCUUAAAAAUACGAAGAAAAAUGUCCCAAUCACAGCAAUGUGUUUUUUUAAGUUUAUACUUGUGAUAAGUACAAAAAGUAUCAUGGCUAACUUGUACGAAAAAUCUAGAUUUCAGUACUACAUUUGUAAAUUUAUGUGAGUAAAAAACAUGAGAUCAUACAAAUUGUCAUAUUUUUAGGGAAGAGUCAUAAUGUAAGACUUUAGCCUGUAUGUUAUACUGAAGGAGAAGAUCAAAAGAACAGCUGGCCACCUGAACUGAAAUCAGGAACAUGGAGUCUCAUUUAAAGUCAUACCAAACACGAGCUUCACAAUUAACUAAAAACUGACAUCAGAACCACGUCAUUAUGAGGAUCAUAAUUCUUCAUCAAUUGUGUGAUAGCUGUGUCUAUAAUAACGAACAUCAGGCCAACAGGAAGCCUGCGCAUGAUUCAGCAACCUCUGUUUGAUAGCUGCAGGCUGUUCUUCUGAUAUUUCCUAUUAAGCUGGUUUUGUCUGUAUAGAUUGGCCCUGAUUUGCCUUGGUCUGCAAUAAUAACUUCUUUUCACAAAAAUAUCAGCUUUAUUCUUGUAAGAUUUCUGCUUUAAUCUUUCAUUAGUUUUUUCUUGAUGUGCCUCUACUCCUUUGUUGUGAUCUGGCCCCAUGUGUGAAACAAAAUUGUUCACUUAUAAUAAAUAAACAUAUGAAAUAAGUACAUUGAAAAACUAGGAGUUUAUCGCAAUAAAUAAGAACAAAUUUUCUACAUAGACAAGCAAUCUUUAUACACUCAUAAUGUGCACAUUUUGCCUUUAGGAUGGAGCUCUGAAUGUAAUGGCCUUGCAUCUCCAUCAUUUCAAUUCAGUCUGAUUAAACCCAAGCUGCAUAUUAACCACCCUCAGAUUGAUAUGUGCCAACUUAACGGUUUUGUUUCUUCAUUGCAUAACAUCAAUUAUUGUCUGAUAUCAAGCAAGCUGAGCUUUUAAACAUCACUCAAUUUUAGCCUCUAAGUUUUGCUCUCAUUUAUUUGAAAAUAAGAUCACUUCAGGCCAUACAACAUUCAAACAGCUCAUAUCACAUCCAUGAAGGUUUAUUUGUAACCAGCUGAUAGAAAAUAUGACAUGCUUUAUUUUCUAAUCAUAGUUGUAUUAAAAGGUUAUUUGGUGUUGGCAAUAAUUAAGUUGAGACACCAGAUUUCGAAUCAGGAAAAAAAGAAAUGUCGUUCAUCCAAUUAAUAUUCACAACAUGCCUCAGUUAAUUUGCAUUUUAUUUAGAAUGUACAGCAGCUGUUUCAUUUACUGAUUGGCCAAAGAUUCAUGAGGUCUGUAAGGAACUGCUAAGUGUCAGCAUGAAAGGCUGUAUCACUGCUGUACAAAAUCUUUUAUGUCUUCCCCAAGUGUCUCCUCUCUUCCUCUUAUAUAAUAUUUAGGACAUUUGUUCUCCUCCUACGUCUCUUCCAGAGCUCGAUCCAGAUCACUUUUGACAGCAGUCUCCAGCUAACUGCUGCCUCUGCCAUAGAUAGUGUGACCUGCACUGACCAAUCAGCACACAGAAUGGUGAGUAAUAUUUGUGGUCUAUAUUCUUUUAACACAUGCAGGGAUUAACAUCGGAGGCAGACAUAUUAAGUCACUUGUCUGGUAAAUUUAAAUUGGGGCAAGAUACGAAAAAAAAAAGGCUGGCCCAAAUUUCUGUGCGGAGUCAAUGAGCUGCAUGAAGGCAUGUUUUAGCUAAAAGGGGAUUUAUACGCAGCUUCAAAUAUGAUAUUCUCACAUUGAGGUGCUGAACGCUGAUUCUAUUUUGCAGGUGUUACACUGUAAAUGCUGGGUGGACACUGUGACAUUUCCCGUGACCGUCACCCAGCAGUCACCCGCUGCCGUUUCCAUGGACACCUAUCAGAUCACGAUUGCACCUACAGUGGCAAAGGUACAAAAGCACACCACCUGGAUUUUUGUAAUUUGCACAUUUGAGGGAAGGCCUCUGAAACAAAUGAGGGUGUCAAGCAACAUUUGCAUUGUCAUUCAAAUCACAUGCAAUCCGGUCAACACUGUCAUGGUCAAUAGAUGUGGAAUCUUUGAUGUUUGACUCAUUAUGAGAAUUUCAGUGAUGCAUCCAUGUACCGAUUUAAAAAUCCAUAAGCUCUAAUGCAAGGGAUGUACUAUUUGAACUCCUUUCACCAUUUAGCUUCAAGUGACACUUUGUUUUUCACCAGAUAAAGAGCCUUUGCAUAUUUUGUAUCAUGAAAGAGUCCCAGCCUUCUGUUCUCCAAAUACAAGGCCCUGUCGGUAAUAAAUUAUCAAAAGAAAUCAGUUUAGUGACUUAUUAAUGAGAAGAUGCUGCGUAUUAAAUUCCACGGUAUUGCUCUCAUAAUCAAAUGAAAUUCCAUCCCUGCCUGCCUGUCCAGCCUGUCUCCAUUAAGUCUGUGUUUUCUAACCCUGCUUCCUGGGCUCUGCUUCCAUCAGGUGGUGGUGUUUCUGGAGGAGAUGGCAGAUGAGGGUUUGCUAAUGUCCUGGACUCUUUCCAAGCAGCCAUCAUUUACUCUGACUGUGUCCCCGUGUAAGGUGCAGAGACAGGUGAGAACGUCUGAUACUGAUAGGACAAAUAUGAUAUGUCUGUGUCAUGCACCCAUGUGGUGUCAUGUUAGUGACAAACUCUUGAACCGUUCGGAGUUUAAAACCCAAAAUCCGAGCACAUUCAAAAAGGGAAACACAUUAUUUAAAUGAUGUCUGGGACUGAUUUCAUAAAUCUCAGUCAACACGUCAUGUUUUGCAUGUGAGUCACUCUCCGCCUCAUUACACUCCUCAUGAGUCAUGAAGGAAAUGCCGCUCUAAAUAUGGUUGAAUAAACAUGCAUGCCAUGUGAUGCCUUUUGUCUGAGACAGCAACAAAGUAAAAUGUAGGAAAAAGGAGGAUGUUUCACUUCUGCAGAAGAACUCUUGGGGAUAAUAACUGAGUGUGAUAAUUCUGUUGUAAUUAUAUUAUAACACACAAUUCCUGUUUUGAAGUCAACCUAAUUAAAAGUAUGAAAUAUUCAGUGUUCAGUCUCCCCUGAAGUGCAAGACUUCUUUAACAAACUAAGACAUCAAAGCAGCAGCUCUGCAAUUAUUUUUUAUUUGUUACACUUUGAUAAUUUUAUAAUGGCGGUGACAUAAAACUGAUUAAAAGCCACACUUUACAUCAUACAAGUCCAUAUAAUUCCAUUUCUGCUGCACAAACACAUCAUCAAUGAGUAAUAGGCUGCUUGCUGUUUCCCCUAGAGCACAGAGGGAGAUGCAGACCUGGACACCAUUAAGGGACUAAUAGAGGACACUCUGUUCAGCACUCAACCAGCAAUGGUCCUCAACCUCAAGACUUGUGUGUCCAAUCCACUGGUGAGAAGUAUUUGUGUUUUGUAUAAAGUGAUGUACUGUUACAGAUGAAACAGCAGCCGCUUGUUUGUAGCGAGACCUCGGGCCAGUCCAUUACGGACUACAGCGGGAUGACGCAGCUCAAGGAAGAACAUUUCUGAUCAUUUCUUCAUGGAAAUGCAAUCAGACCGAGACGCUAAGGCAAAAGAACUAUCGCGUCUGCAGUGCAAAAUGAUUAAUAUGGUGAUUAUUACUUCAGGAAAAUGAUAAAGUAAUGAUCAUAAAUGUUCUUCCUUGAGCUGCGUCAUCCCGCUGUAGUCCGUAAUGGACUGGCCCGAGGUCUCACUUCAAACAAGCGGCUGCUGGAAGAGAGUAGGUGAGUUGUGUUUCGUCUCUUUGCUAAAGAAAUUGGGCAAAGCUUAAAAGAUGUUUGGUGGCUAGUGCUGUGGCUGGGACCCUAUAUGUACUGUUGAUGAAGUUAGGUGCUGUUCUGAGCAUUAUUUGUGGCUAUAGAGUGGCGUUUUGGUUGAGGUUUGUUGAUGGCUCCUCAGACUGCUGUAUAUUGCUAUCGUGUGGUCGUUACUAAAGUUGGUAUAACUAGAGAAGUAAGUGGUCGGCAACAUUCAUCUCUCAAGGGGGUGUCUAACUCGAUGUUACGGUGGGUUUGACCCUAAAUUAAUUUUAAGCCGGAAUAUCCCUUUAAGGUGAAUAAGGAUUGUUAAGACAUUUGUCAUUGUUUACUUCUCUAGCGGUGUUUAUAUUUUAUUCACACAAAAGGACAAAAAAGGCGUACAACAGCGCUGGUUAAUUUAAGGUCCGUCCAUAAGAAAUAACCCUGUUAGAUAACAAUGAAACCAUCAUCUUGUUAUCUUGAAAGAAAAUAUAUCAAUUAACACUAAAGGAUGUGAACAAUGAAUUGAACAACUAUCAUUGAUCUUCAAACUAGAACCUUUGAAAACAACUCACUCUUGACUUACUUGGUAGGACUGAAUGCUAUUUAAUAGAUCCGAUGCUUCAACUAAUUUUGCUCUCAAACCCCUUUUCUGCUCCAGGCCCCCAUGGACCAUCUGUCUGUGGGAUUAAACUCAGCACCCCAGAGCAUCUUGGUGAGACGACUACUGCUCCGGCAGCUCAGGGCGACCUUAAGUAAAGGUCAGACAUUUCCUUCAGCGUCAGAUCAUUUCCGCCCGGCUCUCUGCUGAUUUCAGAUGUCUCACUGUGUCUCUGUGUGCUAGCAGGUCAGUGGUCCAGAUCAGGAGAGCUGUGCUGUGUACUGAACCUGGACCAGCCCUCCGCUGAGAGGUCGACACACUUUCUGUCAAUGCCUAGCAACCCCAACGCCCCGCUGGAAUGGAGCGAAGAAAUUUCUCUGUAAGAUGGAUUUUCUGGGUGCUGUUUAAGUGAUUUUCAAGAUAGAAGCCCUAAAAAUACAUUAUUCCAAUUUGAAUGAAAAAUAGUUACUAAUGUCUAUUUACUUGGGCAGACUUUAGAAAUCAAUGGAUUUUUGUUCAAAGGCAUCAUGUUCAGAUUUGAAGAGAAUAAAAAAGGAAAAAUAAAGUUUCAGAAAAAAAUGUAAUUGAUUUGCCUUUAUCCUUUAACUCUUCCUUUGUUUCGUCAGGUAUCUUCCUUUUUUAAUAUGAAUAUUUCUCUUACUUUUACCCAUUACUAAUCUCACAAACCUUCUCCACUGAUUUUAUUUGCACCUGCCUGUAACCAUUUUAAUCGAAGGUCCUCCCUCUGAAUAAAUAAAUGAUGUGGACUAAAUGUCUGCUGCAUUGCAGUGCUUCCCUUUUACAUGUUAACGCUUUAACUGAGUUUUUUUUCUUGUGUGUUGCAGGGAGCUGGGCCUAGAGACCAAAGAGCUGAGAGUCAGACUUCUGGAGCGAAAUGGCAAAAAAGAACGUAAGACACUGCUGCAAAGCAAUCUACUACUGGCUACAGUUCAGAAACCUGAUCAGCAGAAAUGUUUGGACUGCUUAAGCAGAAUCAUUGAUGCCUUAAAUGUGCAGUUGGCAGGCUCUGGUGGUCUUUGUUAGCACUUAGAGACUUAUUGAAUGUAAGAGAGCCAUAGUGAAGUACCCGCUUUAAUGCUGUUUUUCUUCAUACGAUACAACUUUUCUUACCUGGGUAGAAUUCCUUCCGGGCUACGCCUCCAUCACCCUUGACCUCCGCUGCAAAGUCCCUACUGGACAGCACACGCUGUCGAUUGGCCCUGGCCAUGGCUUGGCUCCUCAUGCUACAGUCACAGCAGAGGUGAGUGAAGAGAUGCAGCACAUUUCUGUAAAAUAAUGGAAAACCUCUUUUUAAACCCCUCUCAUGCUUUGAAGUGUGCAGUUACAUCACAGUUUAUUACCUAACAACAAGCAAGCUGGACUCAAACAAAGAUUCACUACAAAGGCAGAGGGAGUGUUGUAUAACAGCAGCCUAUUGUCAUGCUGGUGACAGCUGUCUCUGCUGACUUGUUGCUUUUUUGCAUAUUUUUCAAAGACGGCAUUACAGAAACAUCUGCCAUAUCUCUGCAAGCUAACAUUUACAUUAACACUACCUGUUAUCCUAUGCAUCUCCUGUAAGCUGCUUUAGCUGUGCUGACAGGUCAGCUGAAGUUGUCCCUGCAGGUCAACAUGACAAUUUAUGUAGAGUUCACUCUUAUUAAAAGUUAAAAGUGUAUCCUUCACUGACAUUUUGAAAAACCGACAGCCAUGCAGAUAAUAACAGUAUUUUUCAUGUUCUCUAGCUUCUGUAUGUUGAAACGGAGGAACCUCACAUUACCCAAAAUGCCCUGCCUCUUCGUCCCUCUCUCACACCUACCAAGAAAGUGGAUGUAGAUCGAACGAUCAUGCCCGAUGGAACCAUCGUCACCACUGUCACAACCGUCCAGUCUAGACUCAAACUGGAACGCAGCCCAGGUUGCUUCAAUUGACUUAAGUAUAACAUUUUGCACAACAGAAGACAAAAUCUAAAUGUAAUUUUAUUAACCAUGGCAUAAAAUGCCUGUGAUGCCUUCUAGGUGAGUCUCCUUUGCGCUCCCCGUCCAAAGUGGAGGUGACGGAGAAGAAGCCCAUCAUUCUGUCAGAUGCCAAAGGCAGCCCCAACCCCAGCAGUGAGUUCAGACUGGAAGACCAGACGUUGUUUUACAUAACAGAUGCAAAGUAGGAUAAGCAGCAGGCUGCUGUGUAAUGUGAGAGGAGAGGAAUGCACUUUUUUGCACGCAUCGUGUACUCUCUGUGCAGGUACUCCUGGUAAAAACCUUAACGGGGUUCUCACAGGAACCCAGUAUCUGCUUAUGAGAAGUUAAAGAUCAAAAUUUGGUCUCAUAAAGAGUCCAGGGUGCGCCCUGAUAACAAUUAGAACGCUUUUAAAGUAGAAGUAGUCAUUUUUCAGGUUGAUACAAAAGAGGGUGAACUGUACAUUUUAAAAAUAAAUAUGCACCACAGACAAAAAAACCUGUAAAGGAAGAGAAUAUUUUCGAUAAAAAAGAAAAAAAGAAAUUUUAAUUCACAUUGUUUAUUGGUAUAAUGCUUAUUUAUUUACAUCUUCGUGUUUUGUUGCUCAGAGAGCAGCCGUCUCUCUAAUGGCCUGGAUCCUGUUGCAGAGACGGCCAUUCGACAGCUGACAGAGUCUGCCACCAAAGCAGCUCGGAAAACACCAACAAAAAGGAGCACGCUGAUCAUCUCAGGCGUAUCAAAGGUCAGAGAAGCAUCACUUUGUUAAAUGUAGUGGUUCGUCAGCUAUAUGCCAACAUGGCUAAAUCAAAAAGAGAAGUAAUAAACCAUUCUUGUCUGCCUUUUUAGGCGAAAGUAGUCACAUUGUUUCAUUAGAUGCAAUUACUUUUAUUUGAAACCACUUUUUUCCGUAUUUGGUUGCUCUUUUGUAGGAUGUCAGUUAAUAGCAUACCCAGAUUUGAUGAUAUCUCAUCAAAUCUCAGACCACAGUUCCAAUCACAGGAGCUAUAACAAGAAACCUACUUAUAAGGAGUCAGUAAUACAAUGAGAGGCAGGCGAAAUGACAUUGAGCUAAAUUUAGUCCACAGGCACAGCCUCACAUAGGACCACAUUAUAGCAGAAUGAGGGCCCUCUGAACUAAUUUUGCCUGUGACACAAUAAGUCUACUGGAAAUAACCUCUUGGAGAACAUCAUUUGAUUCAGGAUCUCUUACUUAUCAGGUGCCCCUGUCAAAAGAUGACUGUGCAAUAUCCAGUGGCUACGCCGCAGCCAUGGAUGCAGCCAUGCAUGGCAACCAUUAUGGUGUUGGGCAUCAUCAGGACCCAGAUGAAACCACACCUUCGGACGUGUCUGAGCGUCCAUCUGUAGACGAUGUGGAGUCAGAUACAGGUUCAACUGGUGCCUUGGAAACCCGCAGCCUCAAGGACCAUAAAGGUGACUUGGUUUUCUUUUUUUUUUUGUGCUUGGCCUGUACAUCCAAAUUGAUAAAUGUGGUGGUAUAAUCUGAUGUGCGUUUCAAUUCCCCUUAUAAUUAAAGUCUGAAGAUUCAAGUUCAUCUUCUUGAUAAUGAUAAUGAAUGACUGAUUUCAACUUUAUUAAUAGAUGUCAGGCAUUUGACAGCAGUUUUCUCAAAGAUACACAAAAAAACAAAGGUAAAGCAAAAUUUUGGAACAAGUUCUGAUGAGGACCUAAUGUGUAAAAUUUUGCAGCAGCUAAAAAUAUUUUUAAAUAAUACAUUAAAAAGACAGUAUCACAUAUGAUAAUGUUAACUUUAAUACUAAAGCAACUGUUAAAAUUAGGCUGUGAGGUUGUGUAGUAAGUAUGUUGCAUGGGUGAAGUAAAUAUGUGAUGGAUAAAUGUACAUGCAUAGAUUUACACACUUUAUUGGUGUAAUAAAGGCUUUUAUUUUAAACAGUUCAGUUUAGUUUUAAAAAGUUCUGGUGUGACAUCUUCUGCAGGUCAUUUCCUGACUUACUGGAGUGAUGCUGCUGCCCUCUAGAGGCCUUUUUUCAACACGCACUUCAUGGACCAUGCACAGAUUUCUGUUCAUUUACUUUAAUAUCAAUUUGAGAAGGCAGCCUUCUCAUAAAACCAUUGAAUGUUUUGUAAAAAUGAUUACAAGGUCUUUUUCAACAAGGUCUUAAUACUGCAAACAUUACAUUUUAAAACAGAUUUUUUUCUCUCGACUUCUUUCAGUGAGCUUCCUGCAGAGUGGGACAAAGCUUUGGUUUCGAAGAAGACAUCGAGAGAAAGAAUCCUGCCUCAGUCAGUCACAUGAAGACAUCUCCAACAUGGGCAAUAACUUCACUGCUGCAGCAACCAGCGGCCGUAAAAAGUCUGGCAGCUUCUCCCGGCGUCUCAUCAAACGCUUUUCUUUCCGCUCAUCAGGCAAAUCAAAGGGCAAAGCCACUGCAACCAACGGGGGAGCAAGCUCUCUAGAUAACUGA